AUGUCCGUCUCGGCCAUCAUAUGCCAUCCCGACGCGCGUGAGACGCGCACCCACGUCGCGGAGAUGGCAGAUCCAUGGGGUAUCAAAGAGGCGGACUUCGAGGUGCGGAAAGAAGAGCAGGAACUGCUCAGGAUUGAAGAGCUUAAGAGGUGCCUGGCUUCUCACGAAGACCGCGGCGCCGACCUAGAACGACGCCUGGCGGUGCAUGACGAGCUCCGGACCCACGCGCGGGGGGGAGCAGCAGCUCCGCGCGUGGGGGAGGAGCAGCGCCGGGCGGCGCAGGAAACGGAGGAGGAACGACGGCAACUCCUGCAGCGCCUAGAGGAGCUUCAGCUAGCAGCAGUUGAGCGGGGCGUUUCCGCGCUGCCGAAGGAUUACAGCUGGCCAGAGAGGCUUUUCAACUCCUCUUUGAGCGAUAUCCCGGAGCAUUCGCCCGACGCGGGCGACGCGGGCAACGCGGGCGACGCGGGCGACGCCGGACGGGCGGCGCGGACGGUGGCAGCCUUGCGGGUGAAGGACCUCCAGAAGGAGUUGGCACUCCUGGCAGCGGAGGUCUCAAGGGAGGCUGACGCCACCAUCACUUUCGACCAACUCCAAUCGAAGGAGGCCCAAGUCUUUGAAGCUCAAGCGCAGCGAGCCGCCUUGGCCACCCUGUGGUGUCAUUUCUCAGAGAAGGCGCGAGAGAAGUUCCAGCCGGGCGCCUUCACCGUCCAGGCAGUGGAGGCCGAGAAGGUUUCAAUUUGUGCGCUUUUGGGGCAUUUCAAGGAGGACACCUCGCGUGAGCAGGCUGAGCAACUGGACUCGGCAGCCAGUGAGCUGCGGGCCACGUUGGCGCAGCAGUUGGAGAAUGUGGAGACUUUGGAAGGCGCUGUGCAGGAGGAGGAGCACCUGGAGUUGCAACAGCUCCACGAGUUGCGAGCCUUAAAGGCCGAAAGCGCCACAGAGCAGAAGGUCCGCCUCCGCCGCGCGCUGGUGGUGCUGAAGAAGGAGCAUGAAGUGUUGGAAGGCGAAAAGGCUCGAGUUUACCAUGAUGAGAUUGAAUGCCACCGCGAGGAGGAGCUUCGCUCCGAGCGCUUGGCGGAACACGUCCAGCUGGGCCAACGACUGCUGAGCACCGCGGCCAGCCGCGCCAGUGAGGAGGACGUGGAGCUACCGAGCUCCAGCUGUGUGCAAAAAGGGGACGCGGCAGAGCAGCGAACCAGGUACUGCGACUUGGAGGGCCUGCCAGACCUUUGCACUUCCUGCCCCAACGUGCAGAGGGCUGUGGGGCAGUACUUGACGACUCUUUUGCAGAGUGGUGUGGCGGGGUUCCGCAUCGAUGCCGCCAAGCAUCAAGACGCAGGUGAGUUGAAGGCGCUGCUGCAGCAGACUGGAAGCCUUCCUUGGGUCUUUCAGGAGGUCAUCGAGGGCGGAGGGGAAGCGGUCACUGCACAAAUGUACCAGGGCAUCGGCAAGGUCACCGAGUUCAACUACGCCCGGCAGCUGGCGCCGAACUUUCUGCAGGAGGGGAAGCUCAAGUAUUUGGGCAGCUUUGGGGAGUCCUGGGGAUUGAUUUCCAGCGACACCGCAGUGGUGUUCAUGGACAAUCAUGAUACACAGCGAGGGGAAGCACAGCUCACCUACAAGAACGGUGGUUUAUACUCCUUGGCCAACGUCUUCAUGCUGGCACAUCCAUAUGGCUACCCCAAGGUCAUGAGCUCUUAUGUCUUCGAUGCCCAUGACCAGGGGCCACCUUCGCAGCCCGUGCAUUCGGCCACGGGAGUCGCCUGCGGCGGGCAGCCGUGGGUGUGCGAACAUCGCUACCCAGAGAUUGCGAACAUGGUGGCGUGGAGGCGAAGCGCGGGCGCCAACAAAACACUGGAAAGCUUCACUGCAUCAGAUGAUGGGAAUGGUGCCUUCUUUUGCCGCAGUUCGUCCGCCUGUGUGGCGUUGAACCGUGGCUCAGGCACCUGGACGACGACCGUGAAGACCAGCAUGCCAGCAGGGCAGUACAAGAAUGUGAUCCAAUCCAGCGGCUCCAACGUGGAGGUGAAGGCGGAUGGUACAGCAAACCUGGUGGUGCCAUCUCUCGGUGCGGUGGCCUUCCACGUGAACGCGGCCGUGGAACAGCGACCGACCAUUGCCAUCAUUUGA